UAUUUGGGUUUACCUAAAUAAUUGUUUGUACACAAUAUUUACUAUCAUCUACGCUACCAUAUUUGGUAAGGUGUACAGUUUGUCACGUGACCUGGUUGACCAAUGGUCAUUCAGCCUAUAGGGAUAGCCCUAUUGAUAUUGUCUUCAGCCAUUUUAAGCAGUCUCAGUAUCAGCACUGUCUGUUUUUGUCCCUCCCAGUUUUUUAACGCUUUUCCGCCAGUUUACAUAUACAACACUAGUUUCUUACGAGGUUUAAGUUUUUAUUCUACUUAGCUUUGAUUUACUACGCUUCACUAUCGUGUUUAUGUAGCGUUUCACCACGUGCUUUUGUUGACAUUUUUCACGUGCGAUUUUGUGUCAAGGACGUUUCGUGUUCGUUGGGAUUUUCAAGGAGUACACGGAUUUUCUGUUACUGUUUGCAGAUCUUCUACCUUCAGACGUUAGUUUUUCUAGGAAGCCUUGGUUUUCUACGACAGACUAACUAGUGUUUCCGUACGUUGCCUACGUGUUGUGCUGUCAUUUUCACGUGUGAUAUUACUGUGUCAAGGACGUUCUUGAUCGUUGGAACUAGGAUUACUUGGAAUUUCUGUGCACUUCCCUGCACUUCGGUUUAUGUGUUUCGGUUGGUGUGUUUAUAUUGACGCUUCUUUAAUCGAACAGUAGUUUUGGACCUCUGAACAACUUUAUUGGAUCGAAGUGUGUGUAUUUUUGAACCACGUAUCAUGGCGCCUAAAAGUAAAAAAACCCGAGCAGCGCCGUACGAUCCUGAACUCUUGGAAAAUUGGACGUUAGCUAGGUUGAAAACCGCCUGUUUAGAACAAGGGAUCUCGUUCGCAAGUAACGUUCGUAGGUUUGCUUUGGUCAAGCUGCUUCGGGAGAAGCGGGGAUCUCCCGAGGAAACUGGGUCAACUCCGCGUCACUCCAUUCUUCCUCAAGGUGCGCGAUCCCAGAGUUCCGUGCGUGACGUCAGCCAAGAUGGCGGCCCCCAUGGUAAUAACAAUUUGGCAGCUAUUAUAUCAACUUUGGCCGAGUCAGUUACGGUGCUGACAAACAAAGUGGACUCACUUGAAACUAAAUUGAACUCUGUUGUGCCUCUGGUUACUAAUCCGCUUGCCAGGGAACUUUCUACCUCAGAUCGGCCGAACUACCCAGAUGUAAACACACCUGCUACCUUCCGUGAUUUCUCUCGCGACACUGGAGAGUAUUCACUGUCAACUGCCUACUCACGUUUCCACAACUUCGCAAGGAACCCGCCCAGCGCGGCAGCAGGAAGCGUCGCCCAGUUGGAAACGCCAGAUACUACCGCCACGAGGACUACUUUUGGAUAUGCUGCCCACACCCUGCCUCUAGUGGAAACCGUUUCCCAGGCACUUAGGAACAGUAUCAUAACAGAUGACCAGAUUCCGGGAACUGGCACCCUACGCAGACCAGCAACCCACACCUUGCCUCCCCAUGCAGGAGCUGAUGAUGGCUUAAGUGCAGACCUCGCUCAUUUGUGGGACCAUUCCCUCAGCAAGUCCACACUUGCAACCUAUAAGUCAGCAUUAUCGUGUUUCCUGUCAUUUCUUGCCAUGCGCUGCCUCGUGGCACCUUGGAUUUCAGGAACCCUUCCAGUGAUCUCAGAGGACAUUUUGUUAGCUUUUGUGACUUUUUGCCAAGCAUCUUUAAACUUUAGAUUUGAUACUAUCAAGCUAUACUUGGCCGGCAUACGCUAUCACUACAUCCGACAAGGGCAAGGUGAUCCUUUAAGUAAUUCACUACGCCUGCCAUACAUUCUACGUGCUGUUAAGAGAACACAGAACAAUAUUCCUAAUGUACAUCGACUCCCUAUUACCUUUCCUAUAUUGUCAAAUUUAUGUACGGCUCUUCAUUCAGGAGUAUUUACUCCUUUUGUUGACCUCAUGUUAGCAUGCACCUUUAAAACUGCAUUCUAUGGUUUUUUACGAUGUGGGGAAUUCACUUGCAGAUCAUUCAAUGGGAAUUUUGUUAAAGUUGGUGAUAUUGUAAUUGCAGAUGACAAGUCAAAAUUUUCCCUAAGAUUACGAUCUUCUAAAACAGAUCCUUUUGGUAAAGGCGUGUCAAUUUUUAUUUUUGAAAACAAGCCUCUAUAUCCUGUUGAUACCAUGCACAAGUAUUUGACCAUGAGGCAUCAACAAGGUGCUGACGUUGAUGCACCUUUAUUUCUUGAAAAUGAGUGCAGUUAUAGACCUCUGACUAGGACUACCUUCUUGUGUUACCUGAAAGAUACUUUGAGCAGACUAGGCUAUGAAGAUAGAUUUUUUAGUGGCCAUUCUUUUAGAAUUGGUGCCUGCACCUCAGGGGCAGCAGGAGGGGUCGAAGGUCAUGUCCUCCAAGUUUUGGGUAGAUGGAAGUCUGACUGUUUCACUCGUUAUAUACACACCCAUCCUUCCACUAUUAAACAGGCCCAGGAAAACAUGAAUAUAUCGGAAUCUAUGUAACCUACCAUGUGUAUGUAUUUUUAUAUGUGUAACCAUUUUUUAUGUAAUAUUUCUGUUUUACAAUUCUUGGGGGCUCUCGCUCUGUUACUUCACAUUUACAUUUGUAUCUGUAACCUUCGUUCGAUUGGACAUGUAAUUCGGGAAUUAUACCCCCAAUUCAUUAUAUGCUUGUUGUUGUAUUUUUAUUUUUGCAAUCAUAACCAGUUUGUGUGCCUGCCGGGGAGCACCCCCUUUAAGUCACGUACAUUUCUUAAUCCUGGUUUGCUUUUUGAUAAUCUAACAUAGUUUUAGGGUAGGUGACUUAGGGCGUGCUUAGCUAGUCAGAGUAUAACUGUGUAAGUGCCUGUUGGGGAUCGCCCUGUAAACCAUGUUUCUUACUUAUACUCUGAACACUCAGGCACCGGGGUCGCUCGAUGCCUGUUUGCAGGGCCGCCUGUUAGCUACUCGCUCCACAGCUUGGGAUCGCUCAAGCCCUGGGGAUCACCCCACAACUUAUUCUAGUCACCAGCUUGAGAUCGCUCAAGCCGGGGAUCGCCCCACUCUUCUUUUAAGUUAAGUGUGUUGGUUUUUAAUUUCCUGUUGCUGUAAAUAGAUAUGUUUGUAACCAACUAUGUUGUAGUUAGUUUAAGUAACAGAGAGCAGCCCCUAAGAAUGCCAAAAGAUAACUAAUAUAACCUGAACAAGUUACUUUAAAUUUAGACUCAAUAAAUUUUUGAACUUUAA